CCACUCUCGCGAAAGCUGCCUCCCCCCCUCUCGACUUCGUCGCUGAUCCAGACCAGGCCCGGCCUACCCGCGAUUAGGCGCCCACAGAAAUGAAUUGAGCCGGCUCCUCAGCUACAAGUUCAUGGUCCCGACCUGGCUGGCAAGCCCGGAGCCAUGUUCAACAUCAGCAGCAUCGUGCAAAAGGCUCAGUCGGCUGCCCAGCAGCUGAUUGAUCCCAUGCAAGGCUUGAAUCUGACCAACUCCGACAGGCACCCGUCCAAAUCCUUUCUGUUCCAGAACCAGUUCCGACUGCCUACUUCCCAGACGCCCCUCUACGAGAUAGCUGCCGAGCUCACCAUACCUCCCUCCAACGUAACCCAGGGCGACAAAGACCGCGAUCGCGGCUGGCAUUACAUCGGAAGGCUGCACCUGUCCGAGUCCUACAUCUGCUUCUCCACCACCCCUUCGAGCUUCUCGCAAACCGCCAGCACGUCCAGCGCCUCCGCCUUUACCGGCCAGACCCACGGCGCCGGCCCGAGCGGAAACGGCUUCACGUUUCCUCUGUGCGCCAUCAGACGAGUUGAGCGGCUCAACAGCCAGAAUUUCCAGUUCGCCCUUGCUAUCACCACUUGGAACGGCAUCACGCAAGAGUUAGCGAAGGACAAGGAUGCGCUGAAGGAGAGAAAAGACGUCCGGGAGCAGCGGAUCACUAUACAGCUCGGCGGCCCGCGGCUGGCCUGCGAGAGAUUCUGCGAUGGCCUCAAGAAGGGGCUGAGGAACGCGGUCGGCAGCGUUGGAAAGUACAAAAAGGUGGUUGGCGAAUGCUUCUCGGAAUACUUCCUCCGACCGGAGGACAAGAAGAAUGCGAGCCCCCCCGAGGCUGGGCUGGGCAUGAUUUUCAAGUACCCCGGCGACCCCAAGAAGCUCAGAGACCGAGCCAAGAUGAGGCUCUGGGCUGAGUAUCUCCGCGAUAAUGGCCGGAACGCGACCCUGAUCCGCCAACCCACCUUUCAUAAGCUGAUCAGAGUCGGCCUCCCGAACCGGCUUCGGGGUGAGAUAUGGGAACUUACUUGCGGGUCUCUCUAUCUGCGGCUCGAAAACCCGAGCCUGUAUGCGGACACGCUCACCAAAUUCUCCGGCAAGGAAUCCUUGGCCAUCGAUGAGAUCGAGAAGGACCUGAACCGGAGUCUUCCCGAGUACGCCGGGUUCCAGAGCGAAGACGGUAUCAACCGUCUACGGCGAGUGCUCACGGCCUACAGCUGGGUGAACCCGGAAGUCGGCUAUUGCCAGGCCAUGAACAUCGUCGUUGCCGCCCUGCUGAUCUACAUGUCCGAGACCCAAGCGUUCUUCCUCCUGUCCGCGCUGUGCGAUAGGCUCGUGCCGGGCUACUAUUCGUCCACUAUGUAUGGCACCCUCCUAGACCAAAAGGUGUUUGAAUCUCUAGUAGAAAAGACGAUGCCGAUCCUGUGGGAGCAUCUUGUCAAGAGUGAUGUGCAGCUUUCCGUCGUUUCCCUUCCUUGGUUUUUGUCUCUAUACAUAAAUUCGAUGCCCCUCGUCUUCGCCUUUAGGGUUCUCGACGUCUUUUUCGUCGAGGGGCCCAAGGUUCUCUUCCAGGUCGGGCUCGCCAUUCUGAGAAUCAACGGCGAGGAAUUGCUGGACUCCGCCGACGACGGUGCCUUUAUAUCCGUGUUGAAGUCGUACUUUUCCCGGCUCGACGAAUCCGCGCACCCCAGAUCGGAGAACCCUAAGCUGCGGGCCAUUAAUCGGUUCCAGGAACUCAUGGUGGUCGCUUUCAAGGAGUUCUCGGCCGUCACUCACAGCACCAUCCAAGAUCUACGAUUGAAGAACAAGGAUGCGGUCCUCAAUAAUAUUGAGAAUUUCGCUAAGCGGACGGCAAUCCGGAAUCUUGGCCCCGACAGCAAGCUGUUGAGCCCUGACGAAUUAGGCGCCCUCUACGACAGGUUCUACGGGGUAUUGUACGAACGUCAACAGCGGGACCACAUUAUCCAGGAGCAAGCGCGUCGAGCCAGGGCCGACAGUAGGGCCAGGGCCACCCAAACGUUCUCCGAACAUCACGACCACGGCGUGGAGAAGGGUCGUGUCGGUCUCGGCCCCAGUACGAGCUUGAUGGACUACGAUGCCUUCCGGGAAUUCCUAGCUAGCGUCUCGAGAUGGGCCAUCUCGGACGCCCCGCCCCUUUCACCCCGGCGUGAUGCGUCUUCGGGCGGGGAUCGCGGCCUAUAUUUUCCCGGUUUCCGGAGGCCCGAAGCCAGCCCUCUAUCGCCGUGGGGCACAAACCCCGAACCGGCAGACCACGAAUUUAUGCGGCGAUUAUUUCGAAGGUGGGAUGUCGAUUCUAGCUCUACGCUCACGUUACAAAACGUUGUCACCGGCUUUGCGCACAUCAAGGGUAAGCGUGAUAUCAUGGGCACGAUCACCUACUUCUUCGAGCUUUACGACGAUGACGGCGACGGCAAGGUUGAUCGAGAGGGUAUUCUGAGAAUAUCCGAAGCGCUCCUGUUUCUCUCGCGCCGUGGUCUCGAAGGGUCGCUAAGCCAGUCCAACUCGGCCAAUGCGCUCAACGGGUUGAGCGACUCGAGCAACGGUACGAUCUCGCCCAUCGGUGGCACCGUCAGCGAGCGUUUCUUGGGGAGUGUGAGCGCUUUUAUUAGACGUUGCUUCGAAUACGCCGAUCCGGAUCAUCCGAACAACCGAGGUGCAAGCAACGAGGCAUCGACCGACGCAGACGAGACGCCAGGCGAUAACAUCAGUGCGUUUGCCAUCGGCGACGAGGAAGAUGAAGAGGAGGACCUGCUCGCUUUCGACCCCCCAGCAGAGAGCCCCAAGGCCGCGAAGAAGCAGCCUGAUUUGGGGAUUUCGAUUCCUCCGGCAAUUGGGAAACCGGAUACUACCGAGAGCGAGACCAGACGGCGCGCGGUAUCCAAAGCGCAGUCCGAGAGUGCCAACGCAGCUUUGGAUCCGGCAAACCCUCUGCAUAUAACCCUACCAACGUUCCGCAUGGUCGUGCUCGCAGAUGAGCUCCUGGAGCAGUUCUUCGAAUCAUCGUUCCCUGCCUCAUUACACCUUAUCGACGGCUUGGCGAGUCCCCAUUCGGCCUCUUCUCUUACCACCUUCUCGAGUAUCGGAUUCAGCCGUUCGCCUUCGGCAGCCGCCGCGACUCCCCAGGCCAGCGUCGCCGGCGCGGGCCGUAGCCUGCGGGGCGUUUUGGACAAUAUCGUCACGGAUGCGUCGCGCGUAGCCGCCGAGGUUCGGCGGCGGAUGGAAGAAGCACAGCGCGAGUUGGAGAAGAAUGCAGUACCGGGACAGAAGGAUGAGGAGGAUGAAGAGGAUGAAGAUCUCCCAGGCCCACGUCUGGCCGGUUACGGCGGAGACCCUGAACGCCGGAGCGUCCUGUCGUCUGAUAGAGACCUAUUGGACGGCGCCGACGCGGAAGCCGGAGCAUCAAAGAACCAAGAGGGAUCGAGCCAGCCGACUCUUAGCCCCGGCAGUGCGGGGGCAGGGAGGCCGAGAGCCUCCAGUAGCGCCAGCUCUUCGAUGCGGAGGAUUGUGGAGUUUGAGGGUUGAAACGCACGCGGAGGAUCGGCACAAGGGCAAGAGGGAGUUCGGUACCGGCUUGGAAUGCGACUGGUGGUAGUCUUGGCGUCUUUCGCAAUGCUUCUUUUCAUUUUCCUCGCGGGGUAUCCAAUGCACGCGCUUCCACAGCAAGAACUACUGCGAACGCGCAAUUCAAAUUCGGUGACGCAUUAUUAUAGCGACGUCGAGCCAUUUCCGCUAUCAAGAAUCAACCAACAGUCUUUUGGCGAAUAGCAAUUUGGUAUUUAGGAAUCUCCGAGAGCUUCGUUAAUAAUACCCGUUAGCAGAAAGGUAGCCCCUUCAUUGUUCAUGACCAACAAAUCCGACAUCGAGGGCUAUAGGCGGCCCAGCUUUGACCAACCCUAAACGCAUAUCGCCCACUACGGAUGACAUGGAUGACAUGUCGUGUUCGUCUUGUCGUUAGUUGUGUCGCGUUCGAACUUGACCUUUUCUUUUCUCUCUAGAGAACUGCUCUUUCUAUAGGGUCUGGGUGGCACCCCCUAUA